AUGCUGUUUUCAUCAUGUGGAUUCAUUAGAGAAAUGACCCCUUUUGAUCAGCCAAGUAACAUCAAAAACUUGUUUAUUUGCUGCCUGUGGCCCUCACGGCUGCUGAGGCUCUGGACUUGCAGGCGCCCGAGGACAAGGAGGAAUCUGCUCGUGGGCACUGCCUGUGUGAUCUACCUGGGAUUCCUUGUCAGCCAAGUGGGUCAUGUUUUACCGCAGCACAAAGGAGGGCAUGGAAAGAUCAGUUCCAGGAGUCUCCAAGAUGCAGCUCAAACUCCUUUUCUGGGUAUCCCACUGGAUGGCACCCUGUCACCACCCAAUUUCCAGGAACCCCAGCUUGGUAGCAAUGGGACCUUGCUGCCACCCAAUGUAGUUUAUAUCACCCUGCGGUCCAAGCGCAGCAAGCCUGCCAACAUCAGAGGCACAGUGAAGCCAAAACGCAGGAAGAAAAAUGCAAUCCCUUUGUCCUACGGGCAGCACUUUCCAAAAGCCACUUUUAUGGGCUGGGAAGAGGCCUUUGCCCAACAGCCAGGGUGGGCCACACGUGCUGCCAGCACCAAGGGAGCAGCGAUUGCUCUGGAGGCAAGAAAGUACCAACUGGAUGAACACGGGCAUAAAGGAAUGGCUGUCAGGGAGAGAGGUCACCAGAGACCUGGGAGGAUUUCUGGAGCUGUAAAGGCACAGCUCCAGCCUGAGGAAAGCAAUAUCAGGAUUUAUAGCGAGAGCCCUCCCUCAUGGAUGAGCAAAGAUGACAUCCUAAACAUGCGCAUGCUGGCAGACUCUCCCAUAGAGAGCAUUCAAGAAGUUCCUUCGCAAAAAGCAGUCCUGGCAGUAUUUGCAAGAGGUCCCAGCACUAUGGGAACUGCUUGUAAUCAGGGACACUGUGGAAUUGUCAAAAGACCUCUGGACAUGAGUGAGGUGUUUGCCUUUCAUUUGGACAGGAUCUUGGGGCUAAACAGGAGCUUACCUUCUGUAAGCAGGAGAUCAGAGUUCUUCCAAGGUGGUCAGGCCUGUCCUGUUAUUCUCUGGGAUUCCUCACUGAGUCCAACAGAUAAUAGUACCCAUUCUUCAGUGAGGUUAACAUGGGGACAAUAUCAGCAGCUAUUGAAGAAGAAAUGCUGGCAGAAUGGUAAAGUUCCCAAAGCUGAGUGGGGCUGUACUGAAAUUCAUCAUCAUGAAUGGUCCAAGAUGGCACUCUUUGAUUUUCUGUUGCAGAUCUAUAAUCGACUAGACAGAAAUUGUUGUGGAUUCAAACCUCUCAAGGAGGAUUCCUGCAUGCAGCAAGGACUGAAGCUGAAGUGCAAUGAUCAGGAUGCUGUUGACCUGACACACAUCGUUCAGAAAAGGCAUGACCAAAGGCACUUGGCCUUUAUAGACAAUAAGGGUUUCUUUGACAGAAAUGAGGACAAUCUUGACUUCAAAAUACUACAAGGAAUCAAUGAAUUCCCUGCAUCUGCAGUUUCAGUGCUGAGGAGCCAGCGUCUACGUGAGAAGUUGCUCCAGUCUUUGUUCCUUGACAAAAUAUACUGGGAGAGCCAAGGAGGCAGAAAAGGAAUUGAAAAGCUUAUUGAUGUAAUAGAAAGGAGGUCCAAAAUUCUUCUUACUUAUAUAAAUGCACAUGGAGCCAAAGUAUUGCCCAUGAAUGAAUGAAUGAAACAGUCUUGUUUCCAUCUGAAAGAAAGUCUUUAAAAAUGUUUUAUGGGACAGAAACUUGACAGUAAAAUUGAUUUAAUUCAUAGCAUUAUUUUUUCCCCAAAACUUUCAAGUUUACUUUUAAAUAAGAAGUCUUACAUGGUUUAAAAGCAACAUUUAAGUGUCAGCUGCACCUCAACACAGUGUAGUCUCUUCUAUGUCACCAGUGAAAUGAAAAUAACCAAAUGAUAAUAUGCAGUAAUAUGUAGGUACCAUGAACACUCUUUCUAUUGAAGUGUUUGGAAAUUAGCAGCAGUAUUUUCAGUACAUUAGGCUGGAUUGCUCUUACUUCCCUCAUUGAAGUCAGUAGAUUUUAUUGCAAGUUUAAAUGGGAAAAGAGAUGUGUAAGCACUUGAUACAUUGAUGACACUAGCUGAAACAUAUAUAGUACAGGAAUUUGUUCAUUUAUUAAGUUUUCUAAAAUGCCAACAUUUCCAAGGGCUUCUUUUAAUUUAUUUAAUUUUGAUAUUUUGAAAUACGAGAACUAAAUUCAACUCUUUUAGAUGCAGGAGUGUUUGCGCUGGACAGGAGGGAAUUUUUAAAACAGAGUGAGGAGAACAUGGCUUUAGCAGUAAUAAAUAUUUUGACAAAUACAGUUUUUACUUGUUCAGUAUGGAGUACAAUUCAUCAUGAGUCACUCAUUGCAAUGUAUUUUUGUCAGUGCAAUUUUUUCUGAUGUGGGGUGGAUGAUCUGAUAUUUUCUGUUUAAUGAUUAACUGUGUAUUAAAAAAAAAGCUUUAUCUUUGUGUGAAUAUGCUGCUAAAUAAGUACAUGUUUUGUUUUUGCAAAAUCGUUGACAGUAGUUUUUGAGACUAUUAUCAAAAAGCAGAACUCCUAACAAGACUGUUAUUAAACCCAGCAGAGGAAAUGUUUAUUCUGUGUGCUCAGCUCUAGCCAGCAAUUCAAGCUUGGGUUUCCAUUAAGACUGACCACUAUGGGGUGAUGAUUGUAACUGAGAACUUGCCCCAACUGUUCCCACAAGUGUGGUUGUUAGGGAAGGUUGGAUAAACACUUCAGAUAGAUUUUUACCCUUGAAAUGCUCCAGAAAGUAAAUAUCAAUUGACACAGCCUAUCAUCACAUCCGUCUUCUACCUGACUGUUUAGAAAAACUCCUACCAUCUUUCUAGAGAAAUAUUGUUUUGCCAUGAGGUAAUGGUAGAAGUUGGACGCUUUCAUAGCUACUCUUGUCUUUAUGUGUUGUAAAAAUAUAUAGGGUGUGAAAGAAUUUUGAAAGUGCUUGUGUAAUAUCAUUAAUGACAAACUAAAAUGUCUCAUGUCACUGUUAAUGUGGAUGGGUGAAUUUAAUGUUUUAAAUAACUACAAUUCCACUGAAGCUAAAAUCAGUUUUCUUUCUUAGUAUCAGAAAACCCAUUAACAAUAAUUGCAUUACUAGAAGAAAUAGAUCUCAUUAUAGGCAGUGUUAAAAAGACUUAGUAAAAUUUUAAGACCUUAGUCAGCUAAAUAAUCUUUUAUUUUAUUUUGUCAGCAAAGGAUAGUUCAAUUUAUUAAAACUUCUUAGAACUUAACUAUUGCCUCAAGAGAA